UGUGAAAAUUGUUUACACAUUCUAUCGUUCAUCCUCAUCUUGGUGCUAUAUUGUUGAAUCGCAAUGGCGGCAACGAAUCCUUCUAACAGCAAUAUGAUCAGCAUCGCCAAUAGAAUUUUGGCAGAUACAAAGAGAUUCAUAGAAUUAGCAGGCGGUCUACCCGAAAGGACAUUCGCAUUGGGCUCAAUCGACUUCGAAGGGACAGGCGAGUACGUUUACGUACGGAAUAGCCUAGUAGCCAACCUAGACGACCUGCGCUAUCUAGCAAUUGGGCCCAAACGGUCCAUGCUAUCCUUCCUGCGAACACAGCAAGGCGCAAUUGCUCUCCAGAUCGCCUUCACAUUUGACUUCUUCCGUAUCAUCCCGGCCAAAGGAGAAAUCCAUAUUGCCGACCUAGCUCAGAAAGCCGGUAUUGAUGAAGACCGAGCCUGCCGAAUGCUCCGUUUGCUAGCUACAUAUCGUAUCUUCGUCGAAACGAAACCGCGACACUUCGGGCAUACUCCUUCGUCUAUCGUUUUCCACCAGGAUGAAAAUAUUAGAAUGACUGGUGAAUACUAUACGUCCGAACUCUACGAAGCAUUCGCAUCAGCAGCGACAUGUAUCAAAGCAUCUCCAAAUACAUCCGACGCCAAACACUGCCCCUUCUACACCCGGCACGGCAUGACGUUCUGGGAAUACUACGCCCAGAACCCCGAACUAUCAGGGAGAUUCGCCAAAGCCAUGGCUGGCUGGAUAGAGUUGGACGGGCAAUUCGACAUCAGGCGGAAGUACCCCUGGGCCAAAUUCCAAGGCACAAUUCUCGACGUAGGAGGAGGUAGCGGGCACGUCUCUAUGGAUCUGGCCACCGAAUUCCCCAACCUAAACUUCAUAGUCGAAGACGUGCCUCACAUGAUCGCCGAAGGCCAGCACCAACUAACCACACAACCAACACGCAAGUGGCUCGAACCACGCAUCCAAUUCCUACAACACGAUUUCUUCCAACUACAACCCGUCCGCGACGUAGCCGCCGUGUUCCUGCGUUGGAUAACACACAACUGGACCGAUGCACAAGUAAUUUCCAUAUUCUCUUCCAUCGUGCCUACCCUUGAAUCCUCAGCCCCUGGAACUCCCCUUUUGAUUAAUGAUUUGGUAGUCCCUGAGCCCGGGGAGGUACCGAUGCAUGUCGAACGCGCGGUGCGGAAUGCGGAUAUCUUCAUGUUCACUUGUCUGGGCGCGAAACAGCGGUCGGUUGCUGAGUUUACGGAGUUGUUGAAGAGGGCGGAUAAGAGGUAUAAUGUGGUGAAUGUAUCCAUGGAUGCGAAUAUGGGUAUUAUAGAAGCUUGUCUUGAGCAUUAAGUGGUUUGAAAAUGUGAAGGCUCACUAUGGGUUGCUGGUAGUUCGUUUGUAGAAAAGGGGUAUUCGAAGACGUGCGUACUACAUAUUCAUGAAAUUUUAGUUCAACACCCACUCAUCUUAACAUAUAAAUAAUUCAACAAAUCGAUCACAUCAUUCAAG